AUGGAUUUCUUGAAUUUCUCCUCUUUAGAGGAAGGGAUGGAGGCAGACAACAUCUCCACUAACAACACCUCUCAGAGCAAGUACACCCCUCUCGCCAUCUGGAGUCUGGCUGGACUUGUCAGUUUUCUAAUCCUGUUUACGAUAGUGGGCAAUGUCUUGGUCGUUAUCGCCGUUUUAACGAGCAGAGCGCUGAAACCACCCCAGAAUCUCUUUCUGGUGUCUCUGGCUAGUGCAGACAUCCUGGUGGCCACGCUGGUCAUGCCCUUUUCUCUGGCUAACGAACUUAUGGGCUAUUGGCUUUUUGGUACGAUAUGGUGCGACAUCUAUUUGGCUCUGGAUGUUUUAUUCUGCACCUCCUCUAUUGUGCACCUCUGUGCCAUUAGUCUGGACCGCUACUGGUCAGUGACACAGGCGGUAGAGUACAACUUGAAGAGAACGCCAAAGAGAGUCAAAGGGAUGAUUGUGGUGGUGUGGUUGAUCUCAGCUGUUAUCUCCUUCCCACCGCUGAUAUCGAUGGACAGGAGCAACAACCAGACAACCCCACAGUGCUUUAUAAAUGAUGACACCUGGUACAUCCUCUACUCCAGCAUCGGGUCCUUCUUUGCCCCCUGUGUCAUCAUGAUUCUGGUCUAUAUUCGGAUCUACCAAGUGGCAAAGACCAGGACCAGAACCAUGUCAGAGAAGAAAAGGGACGUGGAUUCACCACAGGAGAACGGUCGAACCGACACGGACAAAGCCGGUUCGUUUAAGUCUGAAAGAGGGGGAAGUGUUAAAGAGCUUGAUUGUGAGAACGGCCAUUGCAAGGAACACACGGCCAGUUCGUCCGUGACAAACACUUCUAAAACCCGACACGUCAACCACCACGACGAUUUCGACGACAGCAGUUCAUCGGACGAGAAACCCAAGAAAAGCUCCACGUCGUCCAAACAUCACCACGAUGACCGAAAAGACAGGAAGUCCAGCAGGAAAAGCAGCUCUGCCUCGAAAUUCUCCAGCAGGAAGUCGUGUGCCAGUUCCAAGUCCAUGGAGCUGUUCUCAUCUCGCCGCAAACGCAGAAGCACAGUCAACAGGAAGAAAGUGUCGGCAGCACGAGAAAAGCGCUUUACGUUCGUCCUGGCUGUGGUCAUGGGGGUUUUUGUUUUGUGCUGGUUCCCCUUUUUCUUCUCAUACAGCCUGUAUGGAGUCUGUAGGGAGAAGUGCAAGAUCCCAGAGACUCUCUUCAAGUUCUUCUUUUGGAUCGGCUACUGUAACAGCUCUCUAAAUCCGGUCAUCUACACCAUCUUCAACCAAGACUUUCGCAGAGCUUUCCAGAAGAUUCUCUGUAAGUCAUGGAAACGCUCUUUCUGA